AUGACGAACGCUGCAACUUUCAACGGAGAGAGGACCUGGGAGCAGGUUGCUGUUGAUGUAACUGGCUUUGUCUACUGUCCCCCGGGCUGGGAUGAACAGAGACUGAGGGCGGGCCCUGAUGCAGAGGCUAUCGGUAAAAUUGCAAUGGAUACGUACACCGAUAUCAGCUACAUCAAAGAGAAGAACGCCAUUCAGAUCUCUGGUGAAACCCACGAUGAUGUGUACAAAGCUCAGAAUCAGCUCAACACUCUCUUCUUCCCUGUGAUUGUAAAGUCCAAACGUCAAUGGGCCCGUCCUGAUCGCCCAGGCGUCUGGGGACAACGCCGUGAUUCCACCACUCCUCGUCCUGGUUCCAACCCUAAUGGCCUGAGGAAGAUGAAAUCUGAGUCUGCCCUUCAGGCUCGUUCGAGUGCACAGGCGUAUGGUGGAUACGGUCAGUGGCGCUGA